CCAUUUUUGGUUAAAGUUUGGAGAAUCCAUGGCCGGCACCACUACCGCCGCCGACACCAGCACCAGCAGUAGAAGCAACCUAGCGCCGACAAAAAGUCUGAGCAAAAAGGAAAAUCAAGGACUUUUAUUGGGUAGAUACGAAAUUGGGAAAUUACUAGGGCACGGUACGUUUGCUAAGGUGUACCAUGCUAGGAAUGUGAAGACAAAUGAGAGCGUUGCUAUAAAAGUUAUUGAUAAAGAAAAGAUCUUGAAAGUUGGUCUUAUUGAUCAUAUAAAACGCGAGAUCUCAAUUUUAAGGAGAGUUAGGCACCCAAACAUAGUCCAAUUGUAUGAAGUUAUGGCCACAAAGGCCAAAAUCUACUUUGUCAUGGAGUAUGUUAAAGGUGGUGAGCUCUUUAAUAAGGUUGCUAAAGGCAGGCUUAAGGAAGAAGUUGCUAGAAAAUAUUUCCAGCAGUUAAUCUCUGCUGUAGCUUUUUGUCAUGCUCGUGGUGUUUACCAUAGGGACCUAAAGCCUGAAAAUAUACUGUUAGAUGAAGAUGGGAAUGUUAAAGUUUCUGACUUUGGCCUUAGUGCCAUUUCAGAGCAGAUAAAGCAAGAUGGUUUGUUUCAUACCUUUUGUGGUACCCCGGCUUACGUGGCGCCGGAGGUGUUAGCUAGAAAGGGUUAUGAUGCAGCCAAAGUUGAUAUUUGGUCAUGUGGGGUGAUACUCUUUGUGCUAAUGGCAGGGUAUUUGCCAUUUCAUGAUCAGAAUAUUAUGGCUAUGUAUAAGAAGAUAUACAAGGGUGAAUUUAGAUGUCCUAGAUGGUUUUCACCCGAAUUGACUAAGUUUUUAAGGCAACUUCUUGAUACUAAUCCUGAAACUAGGAUCACUAUUCAGGAGGUUAUGAACAAUAGGUGGUUUAAGAAGGGUUUUAAACAUGUCAAGUUUUAUAUUGAGGAUGACAAGUUGUGUAGUGUUAAUGAUGAUGAUUAUGAUGGCGGGGUUGAUUAUUCGUCUGAUAGAUCGGAGUCUGAAUCUGAAAUGGAGAUGAGAAGGAAGCCUGCUACUUUGCCUAGGCCAGCUAGCUUGAAUGCAUUUGAUAUCAUAUCGUUUUCUCGUGGUUUUGAUUUAUCUGGUUUGUUUGAAGAAGGAGGAGAUGGGGCAAGGUUUGUAUCCGGGGCUCCUGUGCCCAAGAUCAUUAGUAAGUUGGAGGAAAUUGCUAAAGUUGUGAGCUUUGCGGUGAGGAAGAAGGAUUGUAGAGUGAGUUUAGAGGGGUCUAAAGAGGGUGAAAAGGGACCAUUGACAAUUGCAGCUGAGAUAUUUGAGUUGACGCCAUCGCUGAGAGUUGUUGAGGUGAAGAAGAAAGGAGGAGAUAGAGUGGAGUAUGAGGAGUUUUACAACAGGGAAUUGAAGCCAGGGUUACAGAAUUUAACGCUUGAAGUUGGAGACCAUAUCCAUUCGUCUUAUUUGCCAUCAGAUACUGAAUAGGGAGAGAAAGAGAAGGGAAAAGGGCAAGUGUGGACUUCUAACAACUGGUGAAUGCUACUUCCACUAGAACGGAGAACUCCUGAAUACCAAAAAGCAGAACCAAAUACCAAGCUGGAUGGAUCAAGCGCUAACCCUCGCCAACUAGCCCUUUUGCAUUGCACUUCGUCGCAAGUUGAUGUUCAAGAUCAAGAUUUAACCAUUUCAACUCAGGCCAGUGCAUAACAUGGUUCGUAGUCUAAUUGUUUAUUAGUAGUCUGUCUAUGGAACUAGUAGUUGUAGCCAAAAUAAUAAAGGUCUUCUGAUUUGCACUUCACGCCAAGUUAGUGGAUGUAAUACUUAUGCAGAGAAAUAAAAAAGAAAAUUGAAAAUGGCAUAAGGAAUUGUCAAAGUCGGUUUUUAAAUUAUAAAAACUUUGUGAUAAUGUUUCUGGACCAUACCAAAAAAGAAUAUUUCUGGACCACUGUGUAGUGAAUGGUUGAAAGCCUUUGUUUAGUGUCGUGAGACGGCAGUUUCAGGACUAGUGCAGGCUGUUGCUAUCAAA